AUGAAGAAGGUGGAUGUGAGUGAUGGCUGCUGCUUUUGUGAUGCUGACACAGAAAACUUGCCACAUGUGAGGUCUUUAGGGAAUUUGCAAGAUUUGGCUACUUUCUUUUCUAUAGCCUCGAGUAUAUGGUUUAGGAGGAACCGCAAACGUCAUGAGGAUGAUAUUCUUGAGGCAAGAAAGGUGUUUGAACAAGAUGUAACCAUGCAGAGAUUGCAUGGGGAGAUGAAGCCACCAGCUGGGGGAUCAGUGAAGCUUAACGUAGAUGGAGUUGUUUUCCGUCAUCUCUAUAAAGCAGGGGUUGGAGCAAUAUUGAGAGAUGCACAAGGGAAGGUCAUUAUGUCGGUUAGCAAGGGUGAAUGGGAAGUGGAACAACCAGAGGUGAUAGAGUUCAUGGCUGCUCUACGUGGCCUACAACUUAUUUCGCACAUGGGGAUCACACACCUGGUAUUGGAAUCAGACUGCCUAUUGGUGGUGAAGGAGUUGAAUGAAGCUUCUACAGAUCAGUCCCCUCAGGGGUAUAUCAUCCGUGAGAUUAGGCUACUGCUAGAUAAUUUCAUUGAUGUAACAGUUUGUCAUGUGAAUAGACUAGGUAAUGGGGUAGCUCAUGGCCUAGCUAGACACACUUGGAUUGUAGAUUCCAUCAUUAUGUGGUGGGAUGGAUUUCCAGAUUUUAUCUCUCAAGCCAUUUGA